GCAAGCACAGAUCUGCAGGACAUGUUGGCGGCAGGGUCCAGAGGAGGAGAGGAGCAGUUGGGGGACAGCUGUGGAAGUCCUCACGGUUCCUCAGAGGCUCAGCAAGGUGACUGUGAGGAGGAGGAGGAGGCUGAGCUGCCUUGCUCUGUUAUCAGCCUGGUGACAAGACAGGAGAGAAGGGUGCCAGCAGCCUCACGGCGAGCCCCUCGUGCAGAGCAGCCCACCAUCUGCUCCGAGUGUGGCAAGGGCUUCAGUCGGAGCAUUCACCUCAUCCAGCACCAGCGAAUGCACACCGGGGAGCGCCCGUUCCUGUGUGGGGAGUGUGGCAAGGGCUUCAGCCAGAGCUCCCAUCUCAUCCAGCACCGGCGGGUCCACACGGGCCAGAAACCCUACACGUGUGCCGAGUGUGGGAAGAGCUUCAGCCAGAGCUCCAACCUGCUCAAGCACCAGCGCAUCCACACCGGGCUCAAACCCUACGUGUGCAGCGAGUGCGGGAAGAUCUUCAGCGACAGCUCCACGUGCAUCAAACACCAGCGUAUGCACACGGGCGAGCGGCCCUACAAGUGCCCGGCCUGUGGGAAAAGCUUCAGCCAGCACUCCCACCUCCUCCAGCACCAGCGAGCCCACGACGGCAUCCGGCCUUACGCCUGUGGGCAGUGUGGCAAACGUUUUGGGCAGAGCUCCGACCUCAUUAACCACGCUCGUACCCACACUGGCGAGAAGCCUUACAAAUGCAGCCAGUGCUGCCGGGGCUUCAGUGGCAACUCCAACCUCAUCAAGCAUACCCGCAUCCACCCUGGAUACCGCUGCACCCCGUGUGGGGAAAGCUUUCGGUUCCAGCCCCAGCUGGUGCGCCACCAGAAGCACCAUACAGAGUAGAUG